CGCAUCCCCGACCUCAGUCCAGGCUCUCCGCCAAACCCACGCGCCGAAAUGAGAUUACAGAAGCUGCUCUUCGUCCUCCUGCUCCUCCUCAUCACCCUCCUCCUGGUCCAGGGCCACAAGCCAGACUUCCUGAAUCUGAGACGCAAGUACUACAGACACCUGUGUGCGUCCAGGAGGUGCAUGCACCUCCACUCCCGAGUGCCGUUCCCCUGAGGUAGUCCACACUGGAGAUCCAGCGAACGGCGGAAAAGGCUAAAAUGACGGGAGGCCGUGACAACGAUCUCCAGGGAGAACUUCCGGUUGAAGUUCUAUCUUACCACCAAAGGCGCGAGGAAAUGGGGCAGAGCAUUAUCUACCGCUGUCACGCGCUGCCGAGCCGCAGCAUGUGUUACUCAUGCAAAAAAAGAAAAACAUGCAAGAUUUCCAUUUAUAAACAACAUAUGACUAUUUAAUGCACAUUGAUUGAGCUAUUUGGACGGAAGGCUUCCCGCGCUGCACACUUUAAUAUAAUAAGCUAUUUAACAUACAAGAAAUACAACUGCCACGGACCACCGUAGCCUAUAUACCUAUUUUUAGCUAUUGUGAUUGCUUACGUGAUUGCAUUCACGUAAAGCUGAUGGCUGUCAAGAUUAUAUAGAUUAUAUUGCACCAUCAUACUACAUACUAGAAUACAUUUCUGCAACCAUAAGUAACUUCAUGUGAGAAGUGAUGGUAAAAAUUUAGCUGAUUCCUUCAGUAGCCUAUGUCACAUACUGUAGGCUAUUUAGGCUACACAAAACAAAAGGUUUUGCCAUUGCAUGAAAAUAAUUAUAUUGUUCUUGUGACUGACGCAGAAAUGCAUGCAGGAAUACACAAUGACAUUGGAAUAGUCAAGUAUGCGACAAGGUCAAUAAUGCAGUUUGCAGUCCAUUUAUAAAGACUGAUGUAGUGCUGUCCAUCAUUUAUACCAUCAGAUUUUGCAGGGAAAUGUAACGGAAUCAUUCAGGCAAUAUAUGGUUAACCGUUUCACGAAACUCCAAUAUAAAUGUGUUUAUAUGUAAGUAACGCACUUGAAAUGUUUUAUUGAUGUCAUUUUAAUAAAUGCAUAUACUCUUUUGA